AAUUACAAUAUGAUUAUUAUAAAAAUAAAAUUCAACCAAUAAAUAAAGAAACUCAAAUGGAAAUAAUUCAUCUUGAUCAAACACCAGAAGAUGAAAAAAAUGAAGAUCAAAUUAUUCGUAAACAAGAUGAACAUCUUGAUCAUAUUCAUAAUUCAAUAAUAUCAUUAAAAAAUUUAACACAUAAUAUUAAUUUUGAAAUUGAUGAUCAUAUACAUGUUUUGGAUAAUCUUGAAACAGGUAUGAUAAAUAGUCAAAAUCAUGUAGAAAGUCUAACAAAUCAAACAAAAUAUUUUAUUCGAACAUCAACUGAUGGUGUUGGAGGGCAUACAUGCUUAUUUGCUAUUGCUGUUGGUCUUUUUUUCUUAAUUGUUAUUUUAAUUAUUUUCUUCUAA